AUGCGGCGGAUAAUUUGUGUGGUGAUUUUCGUAUUUGUGGCUGGAGUUUGUGGGAGGAAAUUGGGGAGGAUAAUUGGUGGGGAGGAUGCCGUUGUUGGUCAGGGAAAGUACCAGGUAUCACUGAGAACACUCAUGAAUCAGCACUUCUGUGGCGGAGCCAUCCUUACGAGCACUUGGGUCGUUACAGCUGGUCACUGUACGCUGGGCAGGAAGCCCGGGGAAUUCCAGGCAGCUGUGGGAUCUCUGUCAAUCCACGAGGGUACUGGACAUCGUGUUGGCUAUGUCUUUCGGCAUCCUGAUUUUGAUGCUCAUUCCCUGACGGAUGAUAUCGCCCUCCUGGAAACGGAGACUCCCAUUGUCUUCAAUGAUCUCGUGCAACCAGCAGUGCUCAGUGAAAGGGUGAUUCCCGAAGGGAUGGAAGCUCUGCUCACUGGUUGGGGACAACUGGAGUAUCCGGGGAGUGUUUCACGUACCCUCCAGGCCCUGAGGAUGGUUACAAUGACCAAUGAGGAGUGUCACGAGAGGCACAGCAUUGAUGUCUAUUCCCCACCCAUUCGAGAUUCCAAUAUUUGUGCCUUCCGGGAGAAUGCUGGGGCGUGUAUGGGAGACUCCGGAUCACCCCUUGUGCUGGGCAAUGAACUUGUUGGUAUCGUAAGCUGGGGUGUUCCGUGUGCUAAGAAUUUUGGGGAUGUCUUCACGAGGAUCUCUUCCUAUCGCAGCUGGAUUAUCACCUCAAUCAAUUCAAAGGAUCAACCGUAAAUUCUUUCCCUUUGAUCUCAUGAAUUUUAUCACAAAUUUUUGGGAUUUUUCUUUAAAAUAAAUCCUCUCAAAAAAAAAAUAUUGUAUGAAAUUUUUAAUAAAACGAACAAUAUUCAAUAAAUAAUUACCUAUU